CUUCUUGAAAGUUUUAUAAAUAAGCUGUUAUUUUGAAUAAUUAAAGUACUUAGUCAUAAAAUAUAAAAUGGAUAUUUUUAUCUACAUGUAGUAGCUACUUAAAAGUCACACACGUGGCAAAAGAGGAGGAAAAUAAAACGAGACGUUAUUAAUAAUUACACUUGGUUCUCUGCUGGACAUUUUAAACCAGCAAAUAUCGUAGCUCUUCAACAGUAUAUAUAAAAACAAAACAUGAGGAUUAUUGUUGUUAUGUCAGUUCUGUUUGGCAGUUCGUUUGCGUCAAAAGAAUGCGCGACUGGAAGGAAUUGUGAACAGACGUGCAUGACAAACUGUGUCACUUGUUCAAGAGAUAAUGUUUGUGAACAAUGUGAACCUGGAUAUUUUCUCAGCUAUAAUUCAUGUCAAAAAUGCCCAUCAAAUUGCGUAACUUGUUCAUCUUUGCAUAAAUGUGGUAUCUGUGCAGAUGGAUUUUACAUUGGUCGUUUGUACGACGAUAGUCGACAUCAAUUACAAACCAAUUGUAGUAUACGUUGUAAGGAGGAAUGUUCAUCAUGUACAUCAUACGAAAAUUGCAAUACCUGUACAGAUGGUCGACAUCUAUGUAAAUGCAAAACUCAAAAUGGAUAUAACAAGCAGUGUGCAUCUUGUUACAGUGGCAAAUAUGGCAGUUAUUGUCAAUGGAGAUGUUCAGUUGGUUGUAAAAAUCACACCUGUGAUUUCAAUGCCGGGACGUGUGAAUGUGCACUCAAUUUUCAAGGAUAUCGUUGUAAUCGCUGCAUAGAGGGUAAAUAUGGAUCAAAAUGUGAUACAACUUGUCCACUUACAUGUAAAGGGAACAUUUGUGAACGCAAUGGGAGUUGUACAGAAUGUAAGGAAGGAUUUACCGGAGAAAACUGCCAAAAGAAGUGUGAAAGAUGUAAACCGGGAACAGCAUGUGGUAGAUACAAUGGCAUUUGCGAUGAAUGUAUAGAGGGAUAUUAUUCUACCAACUGUGAAAGGCAAUGUUCAAAGAAUUGCAAGACAUGUGCAAGGAAUAACCCACACCAUUGCAUGUCCUGUAAAUCUGGGAGAUAUAGGAAAAUCAUCGAUCGAAAUGGACAAGAGUACACUUCGUGUCAUCAAGACUGCCCAGAUCAUUGCUUGAACAAAACCUGUACAUUUGAAUCCAGUGAAUGUGACAGAGGCUGCGUGAAGGGACACUGGGGUGUAAAGUGUAACAAUACAUGUUCUGAUGACUGCACAGAUGACGAAUGCUUCCAGAACAAUGGAACGUGUUCUUUUAGAAAAACAUGUGAUGCCAACCGUUUUGGUAAAAAAUGCGAAUACGUUUGUCAUCGUAAUUGUCUGGCAAAUGAAAAUGGUAGGAGUUGUAAUUCUUUGAACGGACAGUGCAUUGGGGAUUGUUUACCAGGUUAUUUGGGCGACUUUUGUGACCUAAACUGUAGCGGCAAUUGUCAGAAUACAUCUUGUAACAAAGAUAGUGGUUUUUGUCUAUUUGGUUGUAUAGAUGGAUAUAAAGGAGACAAGUGUGAUUUACAAGAGUCGAUACAAAAUGGAAUUUGGAGUACCAAUAUCGUGAUAAUCAUUGCUACAACCGCUGCUGCGAUAUCCGCAAUUAUAAUAAUUGCCAUCCUUCUUUUAAGAAGAUGUAAGAUACAAAGAGAUAAACGCGAGAUGAAGAAGAACGCUGACGAGGAGAUAGCUUCAGUAUGCAAUCAACAGCCUACAAACCAUCCUGAUAAUGAAAUUGUAUACGCAAUGCCAAACAAACAAAAAGAAACUCCUGAAGCAGACACACCUCCAAAAGGCAAGCCAACUAAUGAUAACCUGGAUCUGAUAUGUGUUGAGAACACCUCUAACUAUAUCAACCACGAUUCUGCCGCGAGAAACAUGUGUACCAAGAAUGACAUUGGCAGUAGGGAGAUGACGGUGGUUAAACAAGAGACUACUGAGGAUUGCUUUACCGAUGAGGAAUCCGUUACCAUGGAGACUGGCCGCUAUAAAACUGGUCACAUGGUCUACCAAUCUGGAAUUGAAACUGCUACAUGUACAGACGACACCUAUUACAAUGUUUUAGCGGUAAACCAGAGGAAAAUAACCAUAGACAAAUUUCCAGAAUUUGUUGCAAAGAAGACAACACAGGACUUUGUUAACGAAUUCCAGCAAUUACCAAAUGGCUUGAUUAAGCCCUACGAUGACUCGCAGAAAAAAGAAAACAUGCCUAAAAACAGAUAUCAGGGUCUCUUCCCAUAUGAUGACACGAGAGUUGUAUUAAGGGAAGGUGACACCAACUAUAUAAACGCAAGUUAUAUAGAUGGCUAUAACAAGAGGAAGGCCUACAUUGCUUCGACUGGGCCUACAAUAAAAUUCAUGGGCGAUAUGUCAGCAUUUUGGAUAAUGGUAUGGCAAGAGAAAGUUGGGAAGAUAGUCAUGUUAACAAAGUUGAUAGAAGCUGGAGCAUCGAAAUGUGAUCAGUAUUGGCCGGAGAGAGGUUUCAGUCUGAAUUUUACUAAUAUACAAGUGACGUGUCAAAGUGAAGAUAUUUUCUCAAACUAUACAAAGAGGUCAUUUGUAGUUAAACAAAACAAAGAAGAGAGAGUCGUACUUCAUUUUCAUUUUACUGCUUGGCCAGAUCAAAGAACUCCCAAUGACGUAACUAGUUUGGUUGAAUUUCGUCAGAGGGUCAUUAGAAGUAUUACAAACCUUAAUGGACCAAUCGUCGUACAUUGCAGCGCCGGAAUAGGAAGAACUGGUACAUAUAUAGCUGUUGACAGUCUAACGGAGGAGGGCGAGACAGAAGGAGGAGUUGAUGUGUAUGCCUUUGUAAGAAAUAUGAGACAACAGCGAGUUAACAUGGUGCAAACUGUUGGACAAUAUCAAUACCUUCAUCACGCUCUCGUUCACACUCUAACCUUUGACAGUAAAGCGGUGCAGGCCUCUAAAUUCACUGAAUAUAUGAAGACACAUAAAGAGGACUACCUUGGAAAAAUGUUUGGGAAACUUCAAGCGUCGUUAGAGUGUAGAUCGGAUGACGAGAUUAAAGCUGUUGAGAGAAAUAAAGCAUUACUACACAAGAAUAGGGAUGGCUCAGACAUUCCAGGAGAUAUCAACAGACCGAAAUUGUAUAUGAGCAAAACAACAAAUUCGCAAGACUAUAUCAAUGCUGUUUAUGUCGAUAGUUAUAGAAGUGAAAAUCAUUUCCUAAUGGCACAAACACCUUUACCAGACACUGUUGUGGACUUUCUUACGUUAAUUGUACAAGAAAAUGUAUCAUGCGUCAUCAGUAUGGAAACUGACCUUUUACACGAUAAAACUGUAGGAGUUUUUUAUCCUGCGGAUAAACAGACACUAAAGAUAGGAGCUUUUAAAAUCCAAACUGGAAAUGGACGUGAGACGGAUCAGUACAUAUUUAAGAAUCUCACCAUUUCUCGUCAAGGAAAGUCUAGAUCAGAAAAGAUAACUAUAACAAAUGUUCAAUUUAAACAUUGGAACGACAAUCAAGCCGUCCCGGAACAACCGAAAGCUUUUGUACAGUUUGUGAAAGAUGUAGAGCUGAAAUUUGGUGGAAAUGGCCCAACACUGAUACAUUGCAGGACAGGGGCGGAGAAAAGUGGACUGUUCUGUGCUGUAUCAACUUUGUUGGAGAAAACACAAAUUGACCAGGAAGUGAGUGUCGCAAACACCGUACGACAUAUAAAGUAUAGACGAAGCAUGGCCAUACCCAAUCAAGAGCAGUAUAUUUUCUGUCAUCAAUGUGUGAAUGAAUACCUUCAAUCAUUUGAUACAUACUCCAAUUUCGAGCAGAGCUCCGGAACAUAAUGAUUCGAUGUCUCGAACAUUUCAUAAUGCUUGAACUUGAAUUAGAUAACAUACCUUUUUAACAUACUGUUAAUUUCAUAAAGCUAUACAAUCAUUUGAGAUGUUUUGAUAUUCACUUAUAUAUGUGCAUGUUGUAUUUUAUAUUUAAUAUGAUAUACUUAGUUAUAUUUGGAUUGUUAUAUUUUAAUAUGCGAUCAUUGUGAUUUUUUUGUUUAAUAACAUCAGUGUGUUGACAUUUGAAGUUCAAUAUCAGUAUCUGAAUAGAUUAACAACAAUUUCUUUUUAUCAGACAGAGUUUGCAUUGGCGCCAGAAAUAAUUGCAUGUCAGUAUUAUCCAUAUAUGAAUCUUUUUUUCAUAUCCUGAUGCUUUUUUUAUAAGUUUUCUUUUAAAAAAAAAUCUAAUUCCAUUAACAUGAUUAAGAAAGAAGCAAUCCUGAUAGAGUAAACAUAAAAUUGAUGCAAUAAACAGUUAUUUAAAUCGAAUUAGACAUGUUGCGAUUUGUUUUGGUCAUCUGAUACUUUAUGGAAAGAAUCUCUUUAGGAUAAAAAACAGUUUAUUUAUAUCAAACUGUUGAUGUAUAAAUCAUGAUAGAUGGCUUUUCCUUUGUAACCGUCUGUAAUUUAUGCUAUAAAUGUAUUCAACAGUUUGUUCUAACAAUUUGCAUCUGUUUAUAACGAGGAUUAAUGUUAUUAUCUGCUAAAUGUUAUAUGCAUUCCAACAUUUUCCCCGUUAUGGGUGAGGCACGUUUACGUGCCGCUGUCAUUUCCUGUAAUAACAUUACGUCACGUACUGAUUGGUGUUAUACAACUUACAUAAACCUAUAAAGACCAAAGGGAUAUAAAAUGUGUUUUAAUGCAAUAGUGAACAUUUGACAAGGUUGCAAUGAGUUCAAACGCGGUAACUAAAUUUGAUACGGAAUCUACACUUAUUUCGGAUUCUUUUUGUCAGCCUAAAAAUACCGAGAAAUACCUUGCUACUAUAAACUAAAAUGACACAUAUGUUAUGAGAACUGAUAGACCGUUUAUGUCACAGGUCGAACAUGCAGUUCAAAUGUGUGAUAUAAUCCACCGUUUAAAUGACAUCUGUUAUGCGUGACCUUUUUGUCUGCUCAAUUCGACAGUCCAUAAAAUAAACGUAAAUAUAAUUAUGUCAACACUAAGAAAACAAA